AUGAGCGACGAUUCUGUAAUUGUUGAUAUUCGGGUUCCGGAUACAAUCGACCUUGUUCUAUUCGAAACACUCAAAGCUGCGAACGCUAUCAGAGAUGCAAAUAGACGACGUGAAGAACAGUUGAAGUAUCAAGAAGCUGUCAAAGUCGAAGAACCGGACGAUUACCCCGUUGAAGCAAUAGCAAAUGAUGAGCCUGGUCCAUCUACAUCUACAGCUGAGCAGAACGAGAUCCCGGAAAAUGAGGAUUUCAUUUCGUACGCUAUGAGAAUGAUAAGAACCUCUGCUCAAGACCCAAAUUAUGACAAGCAAAUGGCUAAGAAGCGUUUGGAAUUUCAAGAAAAAAAUGAGAAUAAACCUAUCAAGGCUAAUGGUUUUGUGAAAAAUUCUUUGGCAGAUGCGAACAGGGAAUACGAGUUCGAAAAAAAACUCAGAACUGACACUCAUUUAAGGAGAUGUGCUGCUCAAAAAUAUUUCUCUGAUAAGACCCGAACUCAAACGGUUUUCGAUGAAAGUCUGAUGCAUAACCUUAAGAAUCCGAUAAUAGCUUCUGUUUACCAUGGUAACUGCGAAGCGUUUUUUGGAUAUAUUUCUAAUUGCCCGCAAAGUGGCAUGCGUAUGCCUGAUAGGAGCAAGUGCUUAUGUUUCACCAGCUUCUCUCAAGCUGGUGAUAAUGCCAUUCUUUUGGCAUUGUCUUCUCACUUUCAUCAGAAACAAUGUGAUGGAAAUGGUGACUGUGGUCGAGUUUCAUGCAGAAAUGGUAAUGAUUAUCUGGAGAUAAUUCGAAGGCUUUUCGAAGGAACUAAUAGGAACUAUCAUAUAAAGGAAAUUGUUUCUUCAUGGAUGGUAUCUUGCCCAGCUUAUGCUCUAUUGUGCCCGCUGAGUUAUUGUUUGUGUGAAGGUUUUCUUGAUGUAUUCGAAAUGAUGAUCAAACUUAUCAAAAACGCAGAAUUUGCUCUACAAGAUUACCGGUUAGCAUUGACUCGAUCACGCUCUUACGGCGAUUUAGCCGAGGAGGCCAUCAUCCAUGGUCUGACAUCACACGUGGAGGCUUUUUACAGUAAUUGGUCGGAAGCUCUAAUGCGCGUCAACUUUGAAAGAGUUUGCCAGAGCGGACGGUUGGACGCUGUUAUGUCUAUUAUGAAUAGGCAUAGAAACAAUGAAAGAUUAAUGAAAGAUCUCAGAAAGAUGACCUUCACACAAGACCAACCUAAAUACCUCGAUAUAAUAUUGAAGCCUACUGCGAAUAACGACAUGGUUUCUUUCUUCAGUCAAGCCUGUCUUCAGGGAGCUGAAAAUUGUUUGAGAACUAUGCAGAGUAACGAGUUCUGGAUGGCUGAGAUCUUCAACCCGGAAAAAUGCAAAUAUAGGACAGGAAUGUUCGAGGUGCUUCUGAGAGUUUCUCGAAUUUGCGAUAGGGAGUUAUUCAAUCCUGUUAAAGAGUUCGUUCUUCAUUCACAAGAGUUCAGUAAUUUCCCAUUCUCUUGCAACGUUCCGGAUUUACUUUUCCACCUGGCUUGCUCUAGAUCAUGGAGAGAAUUCACAGAAUGGUUAAAGCGACUUGAUGCUACUAAGAAGAAUAAUCAAAAAUACGCAAAAGCUCAAGAAUAUUUGAAUCUGUCGUUCCGUUACUUCGUUUUCUCUACUCAUUUCCCUCAAAGAGUUUUGCGAGUUAUUUUGGAAACUCUUAUUUCUGCUGGUGCUUAUGUGCAGACUGACGAUUAUGAUUAUGCGUUGUUGAACGAAUUGCAGCGGAAAGAUUUCUGGGAUUUUUUGAAAUAUAAGGAGAGCUCCAAUACCAGAUUUGUCGUAGAUCUUGAAAAUGAGAUGUCAAAGUUAACUGUUAAUGAAAAUCCACAUCAUGGAACCAGAAGAACUGAAGGUGUUACGCCUUGUGCUCCUGGAAUGCCGAGAUUGAAAAGACCUCGACUGUGCUGA